ACCCCCUCUGUAUAUAUACUCCGUACCAUUCUGCAAAACUGCCAAAGUAAACAAUUACCCAAAACAAAAGACUCCUCGCCAUGUCCAAUAUGAGCUGGAUCAAGGGCCAGAUCAUCGGCCGCGGCUCCUCCGCCUUCGUGUCCGUCGCCGUCUCUCGCCAUUCCGGCGACAUAUUCGCCGUAAAAUCCGCUGAGAUUUCCAAGUCGGAAUUCCUGCAAAGGGAACAGCAUAUUCUCUCUAAUUUAAAUUGCCCACAAAUCGUCGAGUACAGAGGGUACGAUGUCACCUCGGAGAACAAUAAGGUCGUGUUCAAUCUCAUGAUGGAGUAUAUGCCCGGAGGAACGCUCGACAGCGGCCGCCACGAUGAGCCGUCGGUCUGCCGGUACACGCGGCAGAUUGUGCAGGCGUUGGUUUACUUGCACUCGAAUGGAAUAGUGCAUUGUGACAUUAAGGGCAGUAACGUUCUGCUGGGAGAAGGCGGCGCCGCGAAAAUUGCGGAUUUCGGAUGUGCUAAGCGGCUGAAUCCGGCGAGGGGUGGGCGGGAUUUGAUCGGCGGGACACCGCUGUUCAUGGCGCCGGAGGUUGCGCAGGGGAAAGAUCAGGGGUUCCCGGCGGACAUUUGGUCGCUGGGAUGCACGAUCAUUGAAAUGGCCACAGGUGUCUCGCCGUGGCCUAAUUUCACCUGCCCGGCAACAAUGCUGUUCAAAAUAGCUUUUUCCGGCGAGCUGCCGCCGGUUCCGGAGUUUCUCUCCGAUCAGGCGAAAGAUUUCCUGGGGAGGUGCUUAAGAACCGACCCAGAAGAACGGUGGACGGCCGCCCAACUCAUCGGGCACCCAUUCCUUGAACAAUCCGGCGACUCUGAAAUACAAAAUCAACACUCUGAUUCUGAUUCUCCGACGAGUGUUCUUGAAAAGGGAAUCUGGAGUUCGGCAAUGGUGGACCCGAAAGCCACCCGGAGAACUGAAUCAUUCGAAUCUCCGAUGCAAAGGGUAAGAGAAUUAUGUUCCAGUUCAGAAUUCGGAUCGGAUGAGGUUGCGGAUUGGAUCACUGUCAGAAGAACAGAGGAAGGGAUCGCCGGCGAACAAAAUGCGUUAGUACGUGUCAGUUGUUGUAAUGGCCGGAGCUCCGGUUUAUCACUUUUGGGGGAAACAGUUGUUUGUAAUUGUCAAAAGUCGGCAUACCAAAAAGAAAGAGUAGAUAAUCAGUUACCGUUAUUUUAUACGGAGUAUAUCUUCUUCUUCUUAUUACUACGUAGUUAUUACUUCCUGAAUUUUCUACC